AUGGACCGCCUCAAACAGGUCGAGAAGAAGAAGAGGCGCCUGGAAAAAGCACUGGCUACUUCAGCCGACAUGAGGUCCGAACUAGAGAAGAAGAAAGAAGAACAAAAGAGACUCGAUAAAAAGGGUGCUGCAAUAGCAGAGGCAGUAGCGCUGCACGUUCUGCUUGGCGAGGACUCCACUGAUGAUUCCUAUCACCAAAUUGUACUACAAAAAGAAGAAGGGUUCGAGUUCAACCCGUGGGGUUGUGCAUCCAAAAAUAUCAACAUCUACAUGGACAAGAGUGGAGCAGCAUUCCUCCCACAUCAUUGCCGUGCUGCCGAUGGUGGUGAAUGGGCGUCGUUCUCUUAUGGCUCCCUUGGAGGAAUGGACGUACGGGGAUCGUACUUUGGUCAUGAACGGGGAUGGGGAGCUACGGCUGAAUUCUCGACUGGUCUUAUUGCAGCUCAAGCUGUUUCAUCUCUACAGAUUGUGGAGGAGGAUGCAGUCGACACAUUUGUCUUGGACAGGAUGCUGAGGGAAUAUAUAGAUAGAUAG